AUGCGUGUACUCUUCUCCUUCUCAUCUCGUUUAUGCAGUAGAACCAGGCUCCCAACUAGAGGAGUAUUAUCUAUAGCUCUCAGAUCAUUAAAUGCAUUACCACCAUCAGCUCCUUCGCCUCCUAUUUCCAAGUAUGUCCGGUUUUUGACCACGCCCCAAUCUUCACCCACUCCAGUCUAUGUUGGUCCUCUCUCAAAGCCUAUCCGACUCUUAAAGAUAUUUUCAAUGACGACGGCAGCUCUCACCGUCUCUCUAUCUCCAGUCCUCGUUUAUUUUGGUAAUCCUGCAACCCCAUUGGUCGCCCGUGUUGCCAUGUCAACCAUUGUCCUAAUGGCGGGCGUGUCCACUACCCUACUGCUCCACUGGUUUGUUAAGAGUUAUAUCACACGUAUGUAUUAUGACAGGGGGAGUGGUCAAGUGAGAGCUUUCACUUUCGAUAUGAUCGGCCGUGAGAAAGAAAGCAUUUUCCAUGUCUCUGAAACCGCACCUCCUACAAAAGCAACAAGCCUCAGUACAUUCCAAGCUAAAGACCGGGUCUAUUACCUUCACGCUAAUAUAUUCGAUGACAUUGAUUUGUUAUUGAAGCUUGCAGGACCGGACGUGUUCUUUGGCGAAUCACCCAGACACUAG